CUCACUUUAAGAUUCAGAUAGUUUCAAGGCGAACAUACCAUCAUUACAAUGUAAGAUGCAAAGCAGAUUCCUGUUGAGUAUAAAAUGCCCACUCCCUCAGUAUCAAGAAUCAGAUCUAGUCUUCACAUCCGUCGACUUGUUUCAAUCUAAAAUCAUGAAGUUCAUUGUUGCAGUUUUGCUUCUGGUGGUAAUUGUAGCUGUCCAGGCUCAAAUUUAUGAUGUCUUGCCGGGAAUAAGAGCCUUUGCUGGUUACGAUCCUUUGGGAAGAAUUGCACUGGGUGACGCAUUGACCCCGAAAGUAGUGAAGGUCGAUGGUUAUAACUGGUUGAACGACAGAAUCGUUAGUAAACUGGAAGUCGCAUAAGUGGAUGGAAUGCAGAUGAAAAAAUUUGAAUACUUAAAAAAGAUGUAAAAGCCCGCAUUCAAAAAUUGAAUUUCUCAGUUGCGAAAUAAAUUUUGGAAGUUCA